AUGCUUAGUGAUAAAAUUGUCAGAAUUUGCGACGAACCAAUUCUUAUUUUACCAUUUAAAGAGCGCCAAGAAAUUCUCGACCGUAUGGAAAAGAAAGACAAGCGUAAUCUUCACUUAAUGUGGGAAGGACAUAUUAAACCAGGAGACGCAGCAGCUGAAGGCGUUUCCGACGCUGAUAUGGCUAAGAGAAAGCGUCUCUUCGAAACAAAGCAAAAGAAACUCGCAGAUACAAACUAUUCCAUUGUUCCUACAAGAUUAUGCGUAAUGAACGUUCCAGAUGGCAUCAAUGCUGGUCGUGUACGCAAGAUCUUCGCUGUUGCCUCACAGCGCUACUCCAGAAAUCACAAAGAUGACCCAAUGUGUAGAAAAGCAAUGAAAUCUCCAGUUAGAAUUACAGAAGUACGUAAGAUCGAAGACCAGAAGGGUCUUUUCUUCGUAGAAUUCUCCCAACAUGAGCACACAUUGUGUGCAUUGCGCCAGGUUAAUAAUAAUCCAGAAUAUUUCCCAGGAGUUAGAUUAAUUGUCGAAUUUGCUGUUACAAGUUCAUUUGCUACAAACCAAAGACGCGUAAAACAAGAGAAAAGAAGACAGGCUCGGCUUCAGCGCGUUCAAAAUAAAGAAAAGAAACAUCACUUCCAAUUUGACGAACCUGAUGAGAAUCCAGACUCAGAUGUUUCCGAUGAAAUACCUACAUUAGAUUAA